CUGUUCUGUAUCGGGCAGCGGAACAUCGAUGAUAAAAUUGAAUCAAUGAUUCAUCUGUAAAUUGCUAAAAAACUUCGUCUGUUCCGGUAAACGGAAACAAAAAACAAGAUAGGGGUUAGAUGGAUAAAAUGAAGAAUAAUCGUAUUCGCUGAGCGAUCUUCCUAGUUUUGGUGACCUCUCCCUCUCCGGUAUUGUGUUUCACGGCUGCAUCGUUUUUCUGCCCUUUCUACGUAUCGCAGACGGGACGAGUUGAAUUCAUUUACCCUUCGAUUACCUCUACCUCUACCGCCUGAAGGCCUACUUGACACCCAAAUCCUUGUUCUCCGACGAUCCAUCUGAGCCACCUAUUGAUGUCGGCGGUUUCAUGUCCUCCUUCACCAGCCCUCUCCAUCCCGCUGCUUCGGAUUUCCUCCAUGUUUUUGUAAAUACUCAUCUAGUUUUUCUAGGGUCCAGCUUUGGGUUUGUGAUGCUCGACUGCGCUAUCUAGGCUAGGUUUCGAAGGGUUUGGUUUGUUUCUCGCUUAUUUCUCGCUUAUCAAGCUGUCAUUUAGUAGCUGAGCGCUAGUGACUCCGUGGAUGAGUUUGGAGAAUGAGGGUCAAUUGUCGCUGCGAUCCCCGAUGGGAAGCAGCGCCCCUGUAUCGGAUCAGAAGAAGCCGAGAAUUAGCUAUACUAGGGAAUUUUUUUUGUCUUUGAGUGAAUUGGAUGUUUGCAAGAAGUUACCUGGUGGAUUUGACAAAUCAAUUCUGAGUGAUCUUGAAGACGCUGCUAAUACUGCGUCUGAGCGGCAAAGAAGUUUUGGCAACUUAUCUUUGCAGGGUUCAAGGAGGGGAGAUUAUGGUUCGCAAUUGCUGAAUAAGCCAGAAAAUUCAAACAUUUAUACAAAAGGGAUCUCCUCAAGGUGGGAUACUCGGUCAUCGGGAUCAAGUGACAGGGAAUUAGACUUGCAGUCUGACCGUGAAUCCUUUGCUAAAGAUUCUGGAAAAAGGUUUGGAAAUCAAAAUCGGUGCACUUGGCAAGAUCCAGAGCAUGAUGGACUUUUGGGAAGUGGUGCAUUGGCUAGACCUCCAGGAUUCAAUGGUACAUCAGCCUCGAAGGCUCGGGGUAGUGGCCAGUAUCAGCUUAGUAGGAGCACUGAACCUUAUCAACCCCCACGGUCUUAUAAGCCUGCUCCUUAUUCUCGCAAAGAUGGCAGUGAUAUUUGUAAUGAUGAAACUUUUGGAUCAAGUGACUGUUCAAAUGUGGACAGAGCUGAAGAAGAAAGAAAGAGGAGAGAGUCCUUUGAGUUAAUGAGGAAAGAGCAGCAGAAAACACUGCAAGAGAAACGUAACAAUGAUAAUCACAAAGGGAACCUUGACGUAGAUAUACUGGCACUUUUAGACAAUUCUGAUGCUGAUAAAGCCACAGAGGGUAGAAGCAAGCCAGAUGAAUCUACAGCUGUUUCUCUUUCCUCUUGCGAUUCUUCAAAAUCUUCCUCUCUUAUCCAUGUUCCUGCAGCCAGGCCACUUGUGCCACCUGGCUUUGCAAGCACACUAACGGAGAAAAACAAUCAGAUAAACAAGCAGCAGGGCAUGGUCUUGCAGUCUGCUGAAGGAAAAGAAAACCCAUCUGCACCCUCUUCAGUUGUGCCUGAUGUUGAUUAUGGUAACAUUUCCUUCAAUACAUCUGUUCUCCAAAAGGUCAACGAAGUUUGGGAAGAGGGGAACCCAAAUGACUCUCUCCACAAAAAGAAAGCGGGGCCUGAUGGAGUGGAUGCAGCUAUAAAGGACCAUUCUGCAUCUAUUUUUGAUAAGUUUUUUGGAAAUGCAUUGGUGAAAAAUUCUGGAAGUUUGGAAAGUCAUAUUCAGAAUCAUGUUCACAAGGCAGAUGAGGAAGCUUGGACUCGUGUGACAUCUGAAUCUUCCAAAUUUGCUCACUUUUUUUACGAUGAAAGUGAAGAUAAAAUUUCUAUUGAUGAUAAAUCUUCCAGGGACAUACUUUCAUUAAUUGUUAAUAAUGAUAAUUUUGGUUCACAAGUUUAUAUGUCCUCAAAUGAGGAAACCACUGAAAAGAAUCAAUCAAGCCUGCCUUCUGAAAAUACAGCAAUUCUCCCCAGUUCUUCUUCGCCUUCCCCAAUUACUGGAAUGUUUUUAGAGUCCUACCAAGGUGUUGAGCAAAAAACUUGUGCUGUGCUCACAUGUGAGGACCUUGAGCAGUCAAUAUUGGCUGAAGUUAAAGACCGAUGCUUUAUUAUGCCAUCUUUGCAGGAACCUUCUACUGCUGUUGAUGCUAAUUCUGAAGAGCAUAAAGAUGUUGUAAAUGACCAUGCAUCCCAUCAUCUUCUCUCUAUCUUGCAGAGAGGAGCACACUCUAAACGGUCAUUAGAAUCUCCUGGGCUAGAUGUUAGUGGAAACCAUGAUAUGCUUGCCUCUUCUGAUGUAGAGUCUAGUCUCAACUUUCAGCUUACUGAUAAUGCUUCUACUAGUCUUUCUGAAACAGAACAUAGCUCCGAAAAACGCCUUACUCUUGAAGCUUUGUUUGGGGCAGCAUUUAUGAAUGAGCUGCAUUCAAUGGAAGCUCCGGUCUCAGCUCAGAAAAUUUCUGUUGAUAGGGCUAAUAAUGACAAUGCCAUCCAUUCUCAUGGCUUAACAUUUUAUCCCUCGGAUAGCCUUACUUCGAUUACCAAUGAGCGACAUUCAAAGAAAGUCGUCUUUGAAGGAGAAAUGUUGCAAUCAAACAUUUCUACGGAACAUACUAGAGCCCGUAAGAGUACAGAAAAUUGGGCAGGUUACAGGGAUACUCCUCUGCAUGCCUUUAAAUUAGGUGAUUUGCCUUUUGAACAGGCUGCUGGAGAUAUCCAUCUGCCUGAAGAGGAUAGCUUGAUUUCUCUCAAUGAUUCUCUAGAUUCUGUGCCCUCUGAUUCUCUAUGUUUUCAAAAAGUGAAUAGAAAUGAGUCACUUGUACCUGAAAAGAUGGUUGGAGAUCUCAGUGAUAAGUUACUUCAUGCUAUUCUUAGAGUUGGAGAACCCACAAGGGAAAGUGCAGUGGAUUUUCCUUCUCCUAUACAUGCUGCUAAUGAAUUAGCUGACCCUGGUGGCGAUUAUCAUCAUCUGCAUAUCAGGCCAACAUUACAGUUUCCUCAUCAGAUGAAUCAUGUAAAGCCUUUGUUGGCCGCUCAUUCGGAUCAUCCCACACUUAGAAAUUCUCAGAUGAAUUUUCGUAGUUCAGAUGUCAUGCAUCAUGAUCCUUCUCAUCCUUUUGCCCCGAAAGUAUUUGCUCACCACAGUCACAAUAGCAGUAGCGGUCCACAUUUUGAACCUACCGCCCUUCAUCAUAUGCUACAACCCAUGCCAUUUCCAGGAAAUUUCCCAUCACAUAAUUCAGUUCAUGCUUUGCCACGGGUACAACAUCCGAUAAAUCACAUUGCUGGCUUUUCACACGAGAUGAACAACCUACAUGUGUUUCCACAGCACCACCGGCAACCUAACUAUGGAGGCCAUGGAAUGGGGAUUCCUGGACAAGGUGGUGUUGGUGCUGAUGUUGGGAGGCAAUCUCAGGAGGCAUUCGAAAGGCUGAUGGAAAUGGAGAUGAGAGCUAAUGCGAAGCACUUCCAUCCUUCCAUGGCAGAGCUUGUUCCUGGAAUGUAUGGUGGUGAGUUGGACAUGAACUUGCGCUACCUGUGAUAUGAAAGCUGUGAAUUUCUACCUGUGAUAUGAAAGCUGUGAAUUUCUAAGAGCUCUUCAUAUUCAAGAUUAAAAAAAAAAAAAAAAAACACAGAUUUCUUAGAUAAAUGGUAUUCUGUAGGUAAAUAUUAGGACUAGGAAGGGGAGAAAAAAAAUAUUGCAAUGACCUGUGAUGUUGCUGUGAUUUUUAUUUUACACAACUGGUUCUUCUUGUCUGUGUCACUUGAGGAGCUUUAUUAGUUGUGCAAGUUGCAGGCUUGCUUCUCUUA